CACCUCGACCAAACAGCUAAUUUUUGUGCAAGUAUCACCAUAUUAUACUCCUUAAAAACAACCACACCAUCUUUUUCCAGAGCAGCCUGUAUUUCUUUUGAGGCAGCCUGUGUGUUUUUCUUUGAAUCCCGGACAAUUCUUUGCUUCCACGUAAAAGCUAACAAACACAUUGACUAUUUAUACACUGACACUAAUUGCAAUUUAAAAAGCCACAGAUGUGGGACAUUAACCUCUAAUUGGCAUUUUAACCCGUGUGUGUUACCUUGUGUGUCUGUACCAAGACCAAACAUUCCAGGGUAUGUAAACUUUUGA